CAUGAUCCCUGUUUAGGUGGGGUGGAGAUGAUGCAUGAGGGUUCAUCUUGGGAGCUGCAAGUUUGUUUUGUCUUUUGAACGAACGACAUGACAACGUGGGUUUUUAAGGGUGAAAAUGGCAGACGAGAUAAAGUCGCCUUGGAUGAAAGAGGAGGAUCUUGAGGGGGAAGGGACAUGGUUCCUUGGUGAUGAAGCAGCUUUGAAGUCAGAGCAGACGGCGCAGAAAGCUUCAUGGAAGACCAAAACACCAAAAGGCAAGGGUUUGACGAUAUUCAUCGCUAUCGCUGGCCUCAUUUCAGUCUUUCUACUGGCUGCAGUCACUCUCAACCUUCAAGUCCCAUCGUCAACCCACAAAGAAAGCCGUCCCAAGCCUCCUCAACCGAGCAAACCAGCUCCAACGCCAGUGACAAUCAAACACCAAGAAGCCAUCCCAUCAACACCUCAACUCCGCGACACAAAAGAAUACAUCCUCUCACAAUCAUGGAACUUGGACUCCCCUCCAACAACAAGAGAAUAUUUCUGGACCAUCAAUGACGCUGUCCUCAAUCCCGACGGAGUCCACAGACCCAUGAUUCUCAUCAACAAGCAAUAUCCCGGACCUCUCGUUGAAUGCAACGAAGGCGAUACCAUUGUUGUCCACGUCGAAAACAAAGCUGUCAAUGCGACCACGAUUCAUUUCCACGGCAUGUUUCAGAAUGGCACGAAUAAUAUGGAUGGAACUGUUGGCAUUACUCAAUGCGCCAUCGCGCCAAACUCAAACUUUAGUUAUAAAUUUGAUGUCAAGGGCCAGCAUGGAACGUAUUGGUAUCAUGCGCAUCAUAGCGCCCAGGCGUCAGAUGGAUUGCUUGGACCUAUGGUGGUUCAUUCGAAGAAGGAAGAGGACCUGCAGAAGAUGGAUUACGCGACUGAUAGAGUUGUUAUGGUUCAAGAUCAUUACCAUAACUUGACUGCGGAGCUUUUAAUGGAGUAUCUUGCGCCAGAUCAAGAAAACAACGAACCUGUACCAGAUAAUGGGCUUAUCAAUGGGCGGAAUGUUCGCGAUUGUGCAGACUUUAAGGGCUGGGUUUGCAAUACCACGGAUCUUGCAAUACCAACGAUUGAUCUGGAAGCAGGUCAACGCCACAGACUUCGCAUCAUCAACGUUGGUGCCUUUGCAGAAUUUCAGAUCCAAUUCGACGAGCAUCCAUUCUACGUCACCGAAGUCGAUGGCAUCGACGUUCAUCCUGAGCCAAUCCAUCGAGUGAACGUCCUUCCAGCACAGCGAUACAGCGUUGUGCUUGAGACAAAUGUCACUACAGCUUCUACAUUCUGGAUGAGGGCUAGAAUGGUGACACACUGUUUCAAGAAUAAAAACGAACGUCUUCAGUCUGAAACGAGAGCCAUCAUUCGAUACACCAGCAAGGAAGAGAAGACAUCUUCUCAAGAACCAACGAGCAAGGAAUGGCCUGAUGCAAUCGAAGUCAUCUGUCGCGACUUGAACACCACCGCUCUUCGACCCGUUGAAGUCAUAUCUCCGCCUCCAGCAGACGAGGUAAUUGUUCUUCGUGCAAACUUUGAGAUAGGAGAUUGGCGUCUAGCAAGAGGAUUCUUUAAUGAGUCAACUUGGCAUGCUAACGCUACGCAUCCGUCUCUGCAUCGGUUCCUCGACAGUGGAGUACAAAUUACAUCUGUCAAGAACCCCAUCGCAAUCAAUGAGAAGGCCUUUGAACGUCAGAAGGAGUUUGUCCUAGAGACAAAUGGUAUUCGAACGAUAGACAUCUCCAUCAACAACUUCGACGACGGCGCUCAUCCCUUUCAUCUUCACGGCCAUAAAUUCUUCGUUCUCCUCCAAGGUCGUGAUGGCUAUCCGCCCAGCGCAGCUGAUCUCCCAGAAUACCUAAAAUCGCAUGGUCUUCUAGAAAACCCGUUGAGGAGAGAUACACUUACAGUCGAGGGAUAUGCUUGGGCUGUUAUUCGUGUUGUACUAGAUAAUCCGGGUUUAUGGGCAUUUCACUGCCAUAAUACGUGGCAUGCUGAAUCGGGUAUGCUGAUGCAGAUGUUGGUUAGGCCAGAGGUUAUGAAGGAUUGGAAGGUUGGUGAUGAGGAGAGGGGGUUGUGUAGUAGGGAGGGUGUUAUGAAGGGGAUGAGGCCGGAUGAUAGUAUUUGGUUUGGACAGUUCCGUCAAUAGUGCGAGAUCUCUGUAUGAUAUGGCG